CUGAGUAUCUCUACAAUGCCAGAUGAAAGGCAUCGGCAGCGACAAGGAGGCCAUCUUGGAUUUGGUCACUGGCAGAAGCAAUGCUUCAGAGACAGGAGAUUGUUACAGGCGUACAAGUUAGCUAUGGGAAGAACCUGAUCGAUGACCUGAAGUAUGAGCUGACAGGGAAGUUUGAACGCCUCAUCGUCAGUCUGAUGAGACCCCAGGCCUACCAUGACGCCAAAGAGAUCCACGAUGCCAUCAAAGGGGCAGGAACAGAUGAGAAGUGCCUGAUUGAAGUCUUGGCCUCCAGGAACAACCAACAGAUACACAACCUUGUGGAGGCAUACAAGGAUGCUUAUGGCUCAGACAUCGAGGAGGAUAUUACAGGAGACACGUCCGGACACUUUAAGAAGAUGCUGGUUGUUUUACUCCAGGGAACCAGAGAUGAACCAGGAGUAGUGCAUGCAGACCUAGUGGAGGAGGACGCUCAGGCGCUGUUUGCAGCCGGGGAGGAGCAGUGGGGCACAGAGGAGUCCAUUUUCAUUAUGUUGCUGGGAAACCGCGGUGUCAACCACCUCCAGAUGGUGUUUGAUAAGUACCAGGAGAUAGCAGAGAAGCCCAUAGAGGACAGUAUCAAGAGUGAGCUGUCUGGGGACUUUGAGAGACUCAUGUUGGCUGUCGUCCAUGCAUCAGGAGUGUACCUAUGUACUUUGCCAAGCGCCUCUACAAGUCUAUGAAGGGUCUUGGUACGCAAGACAACACUCUGAUAAGGAUCAUGAUCUGUCGUUCUGAGAUAGACAUGCUGGAUAUCCGGGAGUGCUUCCGU